GAAGCUAAGCUUAGCCGAGCUGUGUGUGUGUACACUAACUAGUGUGAUGACUAACUUGAAGAAUUGCAAUUGAGUUUAAUAAGGACUUUAGAACUAGUUGAAUUUUAGUUUUGAGUUGAACUGGUAACCUAGUCUCUACUCUCUUGAGUUUUUAAAGUUUAAUUUUUAUAAAUAGGCUAACAUGAUUACGCUAAAGUAUCUUAUUAUGAGCUAUUUAGGCCUACUUACAAUGGGACUAUUAUUGUUGUCUUUUCCAUUGGCUUCUGCCCAGCGACAAGAUAUUAACCAAAUGAUGUAUGAAACAUUUAAGAAUUCUGCAAUGUGUUUUCGUCUUCUUAACGGAACUAAUCAGUUUGGAUGUGGAACACCCCAGUCGGGCAGCAAAGGAGUGGUCCACUUUGUCAACAACCAGUCCGACGUCCAAUGGCUCCUACAGCAGUCGGCUGCUGGGCCUUACAUGGCAGUAGUACCUCCACAACUCUUCACCCGGAGUGUAAUGCUGCAAUUGAGGGAUUCUCCGAGAGUCAGCGGGAUUUUGUUAGCAGUCAACGAAACGCAGGAUAGACCUAAAAACAUGAGUCCGGACGACACCUGUCCUAAUCGCUACUCCAGUAUUGAAGGGUCUUGCAGUGACAGCGAGCCGUGGAACCCGCUCGGCUCAGGAUUCCUGCAACUCGACUGGAGGGUUCCUCUUUUCUUCAUCAAAGAUUCUGCAGCCAUAAAACAAAUACAUGAAUGUUUUGAGAAGUUCAACCUGCCGCUGGAAGGUCAAGGUGAAAGGUCGUUGUGUUCUCUACAGAUGACAGGUCACAUGUACGCAGCCGUGGAUACUCCCACCUGUCUGAGACGCAACUCUCUCAUCAACAGCUUCAACCCAUUGACCUACUGUGAUCCGAUGGGAGACAUAAACAUCUUCACGUCCUUGUUCCCGCAGCAGUUGUACUCGUCGGUAGCCAACGGCAGUGUGGUGUUAGUGACUGCGCGGUUAGACGCAGCCGCUAUGUUUGACGGUGUAGCGCCUGGCGCAGUCACUACAGUCACUGGCUUAGUUACUCUCCUCACUACGUCACACCUGCUCACCCGCCUCUUACCUACACAUAAGGACAGCUACACCAAGAACGUGAUGUUUGGCCUGUUGAACGGAGAGGCUCACGAUUACAUAGGCUCCAGCAGAGUUGUGUACGACAUGUUGCAAGGCAAGUUUCCAACGUCUGACGCACCAGUGUUGUUGGAACAUCUGGACCAGGUGAUUGACUUGCAUCAGCUGGACGCUACUAGACAGCUCAACUGUCACUGCUUCAUGUCAAACACUGCACAGACCACAAUCUCAACUCUAGUGUCGGCCAGUAAGCAGUUUGACGUGACUGUGGCAGGGUCGUGUAGUCAGGCCAAACAACAACUACCUCCCUCUUCUCUCCACUCAUUCCUCAAAGCCAACAUGUCCCUGCCUGGAGUCAUUCUUACCAAUCACGACAAAGCCUAUACGAACAUGUACUACAACGGAUUCUUUGAUGACUCAGUAAACGCAGCCUACAAGUACGCCAAUGGUAGCCAACCUGCGGAGACCAGUGUGCAAAACAGUAUUGCCAACAUUGCACAAACAAUGGCGCUUGCGUUGGCUAGACUGGUGGACAAAGAUGUGACAUGGCCGGCAAAUAUCAGUACAGCAGCCACUGUGACGCUGGUGGACGAGCUAUUGUACUGCUAUCUAGUGGACAGACAAUGUGGUAUGUUCCGUAACGUCUCGGGAGACACAGUGGUGGGGGAAGGUCCGCUGCCUUUGUACGUCGGAGUGUCUCGCUCGCCUAAUCAAGUCUCCACACUUACGCUCCUAACACUCGCCCAGCUUACAGGCAAACCUACCAAUGCUACUACCAAGGACCAGUGCUCUGCUCUGCACAGUGACACUAAGGUGUAUGUGUGGAUACACAGUGUGAAUGGAGACGCGGGUGUUUGUAUGGAAACUGGUAUUGUCUCCACUCUAGCUGUCAGCCCUGCCUUCUUUAUUGACAACUACAACUGGACCUCAGGAGAGUUCUCGUCUUGGACAGAGUCAGUAUGGCCUGAGCUGAGUCUACGCAUGUUCCUGCGUCCGUCACACAGCCAGGAGUUGAACACUAUGAUGGUUGGACUCGUUGUCCUGUUUCUCUCGUUCCUAUCCGUCUACUGGGUCAACCGUAACGCUGAUGAGCUUUUUAAUCCUCUGGUAGCAAAUGAUAUGCCGCGGGACACUACUUACUUACUAGAGCAAAUGAAAGACUCAGUUGUGUAUGGAAACGUGCACUUGUGAGCGCUGCUAGGAUCACGACGCAAAUCUCAUUUCUCUCCAGACGCUGGACUCGAGUCGCAGCGUCGCCCUUUGACCUCGGCGCGAGAUGUUGAGAUUUGCCUCUCGGAUUGGACCUACUUGAUCCCCCCCACCCCCCUCCACUGUGAUACUGUGUUGAGAAACUGUUGAUUAAAUCAGUUUUUCAUGUAGUUUCUAAAUAUUGGUAUUUAAUUAAUUUAGUUUGUAGUGUUUUUAAUCAUUAAAUUGUCUACUCCUGGUUAUUGGUUUAAAUUAAUGUAGCCUACAGUAUAUUUUUACCACAUGCUAUAGUUGUUACAACAUGUUUAGUGGCAACUGUCCCAACUUCAGUACAUAAUAAUAUGGCUAGUCAUAGGUAAAAUUUAACAUCAAACAACAAACACUUUGACGAAAUAUUACAAAAUAUGAAAAUAUAAAAACUUCAGUGGCAACUAGCUAUGUUUUUUUGUUCUGUUUAAUAUUUUCACAAUGUGUUUGGUGUUUUAAGUCAAAUUUUACCAAUGAAGAAACAAAUAUCUGAAAAAACGUGUUGUAACAACCUUUUGGAUAUUGUAAUAAUGUAAAUUAAUAUUUUUAACUAACUUAAAAUUAAAUUUUAACCCAGUUACUGUUUACAAAAUUAAUGAUACAUUUUUAGUGAUUCAACCUCAAAAUGUAAGUAACUUACUACAUUUUUAGUCAGUCCAAGUUCAAGAUCAUAUUCGGCAUGGGCUUAUUUGCUAUGCCGAUUUGAUCAUAACAAUUAACCAAACUUAUUUAGGUAGAAAUUAUAACUUACUGCACAUUGUGGAAGUUUUUGUCUGUCUUUCCAAGAUUUUUGGAUUCACCUUAGCCAUUUAAUUUAACUGUACCUACCAAACUAUUUUUCUACAUAGAAAAUUAAUUAUUUUUUGGGUCAAAAUUAGGCCUAUGCUAAUGCUAGUAAAGAACCUGUAUGGAAACUUAUUUUCUAUCUACAAAUUUUAGACCAUUAAAAUGAACUUUGUUGUUAGUAAUUAACUAUUUUGUCACAAUUGAUUAGUAAUUUUAUUGCUUCUGCAUUCAUCGUAUGAUUGUUGUCCUGGUACGCUACAACACAGCUUUUAAGUGUUAAUGAACUUAAGUUUGGUUGCAAGAUUUGAAGCAAAGUUACUUCUUGACAUAAACUGAAUAUAUGUACAUAAGCAUGACUUUAAGAAACUAUCAGUGUUUGUGAUGUUAUAUAGUCCCAAAAUGAAUAGGUAUGCUUUAAAUGUCUGUACAGGAAUAUAAAUUUCUUAUCGAUAUGGUCUGGCUAAUUCAUGCAUUUAUUUUUUAUUCUGAUGAUGAAAACAUUACAAUAUGCUGAUUUUAAGCUUCAAUUUUGUUUAAGUUGUAGACUGUGUUUACCAGCAAGAAUGUCUGUAAAAUUUUAUGUAUGUCCUGAUACCAAAACAAAUUAAUAGCCUACAAUUCAGACAGCAAAAUCAAUUCCUUAACUUAAAAAGUAAAAUUUUUGUAGACAGCAGCACACUCGGUAAUGCCAGACAUGAAACCUUAAACAUUGUCUUUCACUGUUACAACUGAGAUGGAAAGUCUACUUUAUGUAUCUAUUGUAUGUAGACAAUGUUGCUAAAUGCAAUGAAUUUAUUAGCUAGUUUGAUUUUUUAGGAUAAACUGUAUAUUUUUGUAGUUGAACAAAGAUUUUAUGUGUUUAUAUAAUCUGUGUUAAAGUAACUUAUUUACUUUAGUACUCCUUAGUUAGGUAGGAUUAAAAUCAAGUAAAUUAAUUCUGAUUACCUAUUUCAGCUCGUUACGUAGUACUUUUUCUGUUUGAAAUUUUUGGUAUGUAAAUAAGCAGGUAAACAAAAACAUUACAUAAUUAUUAAUUUUCAAAAAACAAUAUAAGCAGUGCUUUUGUCCUAUUUUCCAUAUUGAUAGGAUACAAAUUUUUCUUCCCACAGCUUCUGUAGUCCAAACGAACUAAACCUUUAGCUAUGUACUUUUUCAUUGUAUUGUCAGUGUACAGUUUUAUAAAAUAAAUAGACUUAAAAUUAUACGUGGUAUUCUAUCUAUUAAACAAUGACAUUUUAAGCUCUAUUGUAUAAAAUGAUUUGAGAAAUCUCUCUUUUCAUUAAAGUAUAGAGGUCGUGUUAUAGUAUAUUACGUUACUAGUCCUGAAAAUAAGUGUUUACCGGACGAGUGUGGUCGUUCCCGUGCGAGACGAAGUCGAGUACGGGAUUACCAUACGAGUCCGGUACACACAUUUUGGACGAGUGACGUACGAUAGUUUGCGCCAUACUACUAAAUCUGGACAAAUCCUUAUAUAUUUCCACCAACUAAAGGAAUAAAAAUCUCUAGUCAUUGAGAGGUUAUGUUUUUGUUUAUAACCACUCAUUGCCACCUAAAUACAGUACAAUCAGCUGAUUGGUGUCCGGUAAAACUCAUUGCAGCACAGUAGUACGCAAUGAAACCCCAUUUGAAUAAGCUGGCGGCAAACAGCUGUUUUCUGGACUAAAUACUUGCGUGGGAAGUUCGUCGAAAUAAUGUAGUGUGGCGUAAAAAUAAUUUAUAUAAAUAAUACAUGAGAUAAUAAUUGUGUAUUUAUGCACUUAUAGUUAUGUUUCCUAGUAUAUACAUACAUGUACUGUACAUUCACUUUUAGCGAGUUUCCCAUAUAGGGAAUAAGCUAUUUUAUGUUUGCAUUUUAUUUUUUUUAUUGUUGGUUGAUUAAAAAAAAAUAUCCUUAUGGAUGUGUGCAAUCUUUUAACAUUAGGCCUACUUCUUAAAACUGAAAAACUUGUA